GUCCACAGACAAGUGUCGUCACCAGGCAAGACACUCGACAAUCAGCUGCGACUAGCGGAGCAUCUCAGACACUCGGUCACUUGCUUCUAACGCAUCCAGCCUCUCGUCAAUGAGCUGCACCAAAGCCCAAAUCCGCGCCUUUGAUUCUUGAACUUGUCCCUCCAUUCCCUCAGUAGAAACAACUCUGGUGUUUUCCAUUCUAAUGUCAAAGCAUUCGACCUCUGGCUUUUUAUCACGACAUUGGCAGGCUCCUACAACUACCACGGAAGUGUCGUUCUCCGCUACCUUGCUUAGCCACGUUGCUCUUAGCUAUAACCAAACCAGCCCACCUCCGCCUUGGGUUGGACUCCUUCCACAACGUCAACCUGCUCAACCAACUACUCCAUGGACCACUGAGUCUGCACUUGGACUUUCUCCACAUCGUCACUUCGACAUACUCGGCAAUCUUGACUUUGCGUGCAGCACCAACCGACAGCAUGGCGGAGAGCGGAGACGUAGACUUGGGACAGCUGUCUGCAAGUCAGCAAGAGUCCCUCCAGCAAUACACAAGUGUCACAAAUCAGGAGCUCAAGGAUGCGAUACCGCUGUUGCAGCGAUCGCAAUGGAACGUCCAGAUCGCCAUCGCCAAGUUCUUCGACGGCGAAGGCCCUGAUCCUGUCGCGGAGGCAAUGGCACAGGACAUUCCUCGGACAGAAGCGCGGCACGAGAACCUUCAGGAGAGUCUGCUUGCCUCUGCGGGUCGUCCACCCGCUCCUCGGAGAGAUCGACCCGACCCCGCGCCGCGAAUCGUUCCUCAACCGAAUACAGUCCACCGUCCGCCAUUCCUCAUCGGGCUGCUUCUGGCGCCUUUUAGCAUCGGUUACAGCAUCGCAUCCAAGGUGUUCCGGACCAUCUUCUACCUACUCAGCUUUCUUCCCCGACAGAUCCGGCCACGAGCCAUCACAAGCGGACCGGGAAAUGGACUGCGGAGUACCAACGGGCGCCGAAUGCUUAUGCCUCGGGACACGGCUGCGCGUUUCAAGCGCGAGUUCGAGGAAGAGUAUGGAAGCACCGAAUUGCCCUGGUUCGAGGGCGGGAUCGCUCAGGCACAAGAUCUGGCCAAGAAGGAACUCAAAUUCCUACUGGUCGUUCUCAUGUCACCCGAACACGACGACACCGAAUCAUUCACGAGGGAAACUCUGUUGAACCCGGAUGUGGUCAGCUUCAUCACCGACCCGGCGAACAAUGUCAUUCUGUGGGGCGGUAAUAUCCUGGACUCGGAAGCGUACCAGGUUGCCCAGGAAUACAACUGCACGAAGUACCCAUUUUCAGCAAUCGUCUGCCUCACGCCAAAGGAAGGAAGCACUAGAAUGAGCAUCAUCAAGCGACUUGCUGGCCCGAUGCCGGCUACUGCGUACCUUUCAGAAGCACAGACCGCUAUCAACAAAUACGCACCGGAUCUCGCAGGUGUCCGAGCAGAGAGGACUGCACAAGAGGUGGCGCGCAGCUUACGAACCGAACAAGAUACUGCUUACGAACGAUCGCUGGCUAAGGACAGGGAGAGAGCGCGACAGCGGCGCGAGGCGGAGAAGGCUGCGGCAGAAGCUGCACGCAAAGCCGAGGAAGAGGCCGAGGCUGCGGCAAGGCGCGAGGAGCUCGGCGACAAGUGGAAGCGCUGGCGGGCGACGACGAUGGAAGACGAACCACCAGCGAGCAACAAGGAUGUGGUACGGAUUGCGCUGAAGAUGCCAGAGUCGUCCGGCGCCGGAAGGAUUGUGCGCCGAUUCCGCAACGACACCACGAUGGAAACACUAUACGCUUUCGUGGAGUGUUACAAUGUGUUGACGGCAUCAGAAGAAACACCAGAAAAGGCCGCUGUCAAGCCCGAUGGCUACGAGCACGAGUAUCAGUUCCGCAUUGCGUCUGUCAUGCCCCGGGUUGUGUACGAGCCCAGCAAGGAGGAGACGAUGGGACAGAAGAUUGGACGGUCAGGAAACCUGAUCGUGGAGGAAGUGUCGGCCGACGGCGAGUCAGACGACGGUGAAGAAUACUCGUCGUAGAUGGAGCAAGUACGACCAAGGGCAUCUGAUCAAGCAAGUGUAGGAUGGCACAAGAUAGACAAACAUUAGUAGAAAACCGCGCCAUCUUGUACGCGCAGUGACCGGGCAGCCAAUAACAACUAUCAUGUUGCGUGUAUUGAGGAAAUGUUGUCAGCAAGCUGCAGGAUAUAAUAGCCUCUUAUCGCCGAAAGCUAGCCGCGGGAGCCGUCUGUCCAUCCUGGGUAAGGCGAGGUAAGGUAGCCAUCAGCACGAGGCCGUGAAGAGCUCAAAAUGGGC